GACAUAGACACACAUACACAGAGACAGAUAGCUAGCUAGAUAGAGAGAGAGAGAGAGACACACAUAAACAGAGACAGAUAGAUAGCUAGAUAGAGAGAAUAGGGACUGAUCAAACAAAAUGGUUGUCUUCCGAGAACGCCAAGUAAGGAGAGAGUGGCGGCGGCGACGAUGACGAGGUUGUCGGCGACGGCAAUGACGAAAGUCACGCUGAAUCUCGUCAGUUCUCGCCUCGAUCUUGACGUCACUUGUUGCUAACAAAACAACAAGGGGUUGGUCGGAGAUAUCAACCUUCAUUGUCGAAAAUACAGAAAGAAGAAGAAACAUGAUCAGUUGGAUUAACAGACAUGAAUAACGUUACUAAGGCAGGGUCCAUGGACGACGAGGACCUUAAUGAUUCGGUCGACUUUGAUUUUUACGAAUCCAACGACCAGGAAUCUAUGAACACCGUUUUCAACAAAGUAUACAGCAAGCCGCCUCCUGGCAGACAUCGACAUUUUCACACUUGCUCGCAAGAAAAAGUUUGUUAUGAUAGCUUUUGUAGCUCUUCUGCGGCAGGCGGGGAGCCAUAUCAAUAUGUCAACGGUUGUUUGAAUGAUAGCGACAUAGAUAACAUGAAAGGUGCUGUGGAUUUGAUAGAAGACAAAAACGAACGGAUACCUAUAGCAACAACUACUAUUACUACUACAACAACACCAACCAUCGAAGACUGUACGCUGCUAGCAGAUGAAAACGAUACCCAGUCUAGCCUUGAUGUUUCCAUUUCCGACGACACGGAAAGUAACCUAAGUGAUCUCCCAGAUUUCUCUGAUGAGGAAAACGGUAAAGAGUCUUCAUCGUUCGCCAACCAGCCCCAUGGUUCGAAACCAGCUGGUGACACCGGAUCGAAUCCCAACAAACAGUGUGCGAUAAAAACCGAAGACCAAAGAAACACAGUUCGUUUUAAGAACUCCGAACACACCGAUUCUGUUGUGGCCGAAUCUGGUCCUUCAGAUGCUGCAAAUUUUAUAGACACUGAUUUGAGUUCUAUAGACGGUGACGACGACGACGAUGAUGAUGAUGUUGUUGAAGAUGACGACGACGAUGAUGAUGAUGAUGAUGAUGAGGAUGAUGUUGAUGACGAUGAUGAUAGUUUAGCGAGUGUAGAAGAUAAUAGCGAAGAUGAAGAUGAGUGCAACGUGGAUUCUGCACCAACAGAUAAAUAUUUGAAAACAUUGGGAAAUGGAAAGGCCAGCCAACCGCAGGCGAUUCUGCGUAAGAACGUGGGUAUCACGCUAGCCGAGAGGUUUUCGCUCCAGCAGAAAACUCAUGCGAAACGAAACGGUUAUUCGCAGAGUUCGAAUCGAAGCGAUUUGAACUGCAACACUUUUGAAAGUGAUUGUUCGUCGGCCUCAGAAAUGACAGAUGUGUCUCCCCUGGCUUCUGGUGACAGUAGCCCUACAAUGGUUAGAAGGUGUAAAUCGGCACCGAAUCCGAGUCGUCAACCUUCUUCUCCCCCUUUCUGUGAGCAAAACGGACUCUGUACGGCUACCGAUCAGGACAACAGCAAUAUGGACAUGAAUUUGAUUAUGCGAGCUGUUCAAGAGAUUGGUAAGGAAGAAUAUAGUACUAGAGAUUCGUCCCCGAUUCGGAAAAAAAAUCAGCGAACUAGUUUGUCAUAUAAUACAUAUCAGACUCGUGAAAUCGAGAGAGAAAACGAGAGACUUCUGUCUGAGAUCUUAAAGCUAUCUUCGAACAAAAGCUAUAAGAAUGCCAAGAAACUGCCUAUAAAAACGAAAGUAGCCCAUUCUGCUAUCAACAGACAGCGUGAACAACGUCGGAUUGAGAGGGAAAACGAGGCUUUUCUAAGACGGCUAGAGACUGUUAAACCCAGCAAAGGUUUGUCAAGAGAUGAACAGUUGGCAGAAUACAGUUCAAAACACUCGAAAUAUCCACUCAAUAAAGUAUCAUAUCCUGGAUGUACAACAAAGAGACCCUCAACUGCAUCCACUGUCAAUAUUGAAAGCACAUCAGACCCUCCUGCUAAGAAAGAUCUUUAUUGUCGAUCAAAGACUAAGUUUAAAAACCGUCCUGAGUGGAUAUCAAAAUGGUGACCUUUAUAAAAUUAGGGGGUAUGGGAAUAAUACUGGGGAUUAGUAAGGGAUGGGUGUGGAAAAAAAAAUCCAAACAAACAAAGAAAAACCCAACAAAUUCAUGUUUUUGAACUUUGAAUUGUUUUCUGUAUAUAUUUCAAAUAUUUGUCAUAUUUAAAAGAUUCUGUUGUGGCAGGUGCUGUAUGGUGUGUGGCAUGCUGUGGUAACAAUGGUGGUGGUUGAGUUUCACAACAAAGCAAAUUCCUUGGCAAUUUUGGUUUCAAUUUCCAGUUGGAACUAUGCUGCUUCACUUGUGAUGUCGCUAAUUGUUGCCUUCAGGACAUAGGACAAAGGAAUGACCAUCACAAUGCAAAGAAAUCCUUAUAUUAAAGAUUUUUUAAAAAAUUUUUGGCAGGAGAAAAAUUUUGAAAUAUUGCAUAACUAUAAAAAUAGAAAUUAAAUCUAAAUUUACUUGAGAAAGAAAAUAUCUAUAUGUGUGUGUAUGUGUUUGUGUGUACAUAUACAAACACCCACACCUACAUGAGUAUGUGUGUGUGUGUGAAUGUGUAUAUGUAGAUAAUGACAUAUCAAUCUCUAGGUGUGUCUCAGAAAAUUAAAACAUUAUGCAAACGUUAAUCUUUGUUGUCAGUUAAUGUCUGAGCAUAAAAGUUUCAAUUGCAUUAGGCUCACUAAAUGUAAAUUGCUCUAUUUCCAGCAUUUUAUUGAUACAUUAAAAAAAUCCAAUAUCUCGAAAUAUUAGAAUGUAACAGCAUAACAUCAGAAACAUAUCAUUAGAAAGUCAGUUAAAAAUUGAGAGGUGGGUACAAAAUGUCAGUUAGUAUAUGCUUGGUGCUCUUUUGACUUCAGUGACUGGAUAUAUUAUGACAGAGGAAACCAAUUAGUGACACUAGUCAAUUUUGAUGGAAGUCCCGGUAGUCUCCUUAGCAGCCUUUGGCACCUAAAAAGGGAUACUGAAGGCUUUUUUUUUUAAGGCAGGGAGCAGUUUAGUUGUUGCAUUGAGCUUCAUUAAAUAAUUAUCUUCCUGGUUGAUACUGAUUUGUUAUAAUCAUUUUGACUGACUGCUAGUGUGGGAACCGCCUUAACCACCAAAUGACUGCUGGGACACAAAUUAGCCAUCUUUUUAACUAUACCCCAUAGAUUCUGUAUGGGAUUUAGGCCAAGUCAGUUCCUUGGUAAGGUAGCUAGCUCAUUGAUGUGAUGAUCAGUAAAGCAGGAAGUGUUUGUUUUGGUACUAAGUGCAGGUACCAAAUCUUGCUGAAACAAAAAUUUCACAUUGCCAAAUCGCUUGAUGGUUGAUAUAAGGAAACAAGGAAUGCUCCAAGAUCUCAUGGUAGACUUGUGCAUUGGCUGUAACUCUGAAGAAACACAAUAGUCCAAUAUCUACAUAUGACAUUGCAUCACUGAUUGCCAGAAAUUUGAAACUGAGUUUCUUUCUAAUGGCUGGUGUUUUGUGAUUUCCAGACCUCCAAAUUCUGCAGACUUUGUUUCCAAAUGAGAUACAAAAACUUACUCCAUUCAAGAAAAAGUCACAAUGUGCCACUGCUCAUCACUUUAUUUUCCUGCUUCUCCUUGCCUCCAUCGACCACUUGUAACAUUGCCUGUCAGUGAAAAGAGGUUUGGUGCUAGGUACUUUGCUGUUGUGUUCCAUCUCUUGAAGCUAGCUAUCUGUACAAAGUGGUUCUUCAUGCCUUAACUUAUGUGUCAACCUUUUAUGAAAAGCUUCCUCGUUGUCAAACCGGCUUUUUUUUUUUCACAGUUCUCUUGAAGUUACAGUUGUCCUUCUUGCUGGCUCACCUUUUUCUGCCUCAUCUUGCAUGUCCAGAUGGUAUCCCAGAAAGUGGCUGCAAUAUUGAAAUCUGGGAACAGUCAGCUUUUAAAGAAAUAAUCUUCUCUGUGUCUUCCCCUUUUCGUGAAGUAUGUUACUGAUGAUCUUUUAGUCAACAGUUAGAUCAGAAGUCUUGCUCAUGAUUACAGCACUAAUGUUUUCUGUAAAAAAAAAAAAAUUAAAAAUUAAAAAAAAAUUUAUUGGCUGAAUGAGUAUUACUCUAACAUGCUCAGACAAUAUUGUAAUAUUUUGAGAGAAGUAGAAUAGAAUUAAAAUAUUUGUCUGUAAUUUUACAAUGGAUAGUCUAUAGUCAUCAUUCUAGAAACUAGAAAUUGUUCACAGACUGAAAAGAAGCACUACUGCCACAUUUAUUGUACAUAAGAGUAAUAAAAUUUUUGAAUAUUCA